UCCCUCUGUCUGUUAGAGACCCUAAUCCACAGUCUGCUGGAAUUGGUGCCCUUAGAAAUCUGCCACCGUCCGCACCUCUCCUCUGCAGGGCUUCGUCCCUCCUUUGUGGCCAUUUGACUUAGCGUUUUGGCUCUGUCCAGGGUGCUCUGCAGCUCUCUGUCACUAUGCAGGGGUGGAACUGACUGCUAUUCAGCAGCUCCAGGGAGCGUGACACUUUCUUGCUCUGCUGCAGAGCUGGCCCGGUGUCCACCCAGGAAGGGACCUGCAGUUCUCCUUGCCAAGUUCUCUGGGACCCCACGCCGAGCUGUAUAAAGGGCGGCGAGUGAGGACCCAGCAGAGCUUCUCCCCGCAUUGAGCGAGCUGUUGGACGCGGAAGGCACAGACCCAAGAUGAAGACCUGGAUCCUGACCUUCGGCCUCGGCCUCAUCGCCACCCUGCAGGCCCAGGAGAACCAGGAUGCCUCGAGCAUCUGGUAUCUGAAGGCUGUGGUGGCUGACAAGGGGCUUCCCAAGACAGAGGAGUCUGUGUCUGUGACCCCCGUGGCCAUCAGGACCCUGGAGGGGGGCAACCUGGAGGUCGAGUUCUCUGUGCUGGUCAGAGGUCAGUGUCAUAACGUAAGCACCAUCCUGGAGAAGACCGACCAGCCAGACAAGUUCACGGCCUAUGGGGGCAAGCACGUGGUGUACAUCAUCCCCUCCUCCGUGGAGGACCACUACAUCCUCUACAGCGAGGCCAAGUGGUCCAGGCACCAGACCCGAAUGGCCGAACUCAUGGGCAGAGACCCCGAAGUCCAGCAGGAAGCCCUGGAAGAUCUUGCGAAGGUGGCAGAAGCCAGAGGCCUCGACGCGGACAGCAUCGUCAUCCCCAGGCAGAGGGGUGAGAGGGUCACUCCCGUGGGCCCCUGCCCCCACCCUAGGGGUGUCACUGAGGAUGCCCUGGGGGAGCAGGCUGCAGCUGGCUCUGGCCUGGUCCUCUCUGGGCUGGUGGGAGGUGCUGGCCCGUGA